AUGGUAGUGGAACCAAAAUAUAUCUAUCCCCGUCUUCCUACCCAAUUCUCCACCGAUACUUGGCUUUCCUGGCCUUGGUUUGGUACCUCGUUUCCAAUAUUCUCUAACAUUGCCUUUAACUACUCGACGCUUCAUUUCAUCAAUAACAUGGCGUUGUCAGAACAAUGCAUCUUCCACGGCACCUCUUAUGUUACAGGCACCGCCUCAGCCACACUAUUGGCAGCAGAUCUUGAACUGAGUUUCUGGGGCGGCGUGAAUCCAAAAACGGGCGAGGUUAUUGAUCGGUUCCACCCGCUGAGCGGUCGUAUUCUGAAAGAUACCAUCUUGGCCAUACCUGGCGGCAGGGGUUCCUGUGGCGGGAGCGUUGUUAUGAUGGAGCUGAUUCUAAAUGGCCUGGGGCCCAAGGCACUGAUUUUCGAGCUCGCCGUGGUAACACUCAACCCAGAGGACUUCCGUCGGGUUCUGGGCUGGGAUGGCAGGACGAUUCAUGUACAAGAUGAUCUAGUCUCGGAUGGUCCCUUGAGUGUCAAUAUUACCCAUAACGCUGUCAAACCGGCGGUUGACUUGAACAAGUGCAAUGUUCAACUUACCGAUUCCGACCGAGCGAUGCUGGACGGCGCCCACAGCGAGGCCGCUAAGAUCUCUCUCAAAAUAAUUAUUCGAAUGGCAGAUAUGAUGGGAGCCCGAGAGCUAAUGGAUGUCCGCCAGGCCCAUACAGAUGGUGCCUGGUAUGGCCCCGGCUCGGUGGCCUUUGGAAAACGACUUCGUGACUGGGGCGGCAAAUUCAAAGUCCCUACCACUAUUAAUUCACUGAAUAUUGACCAAAAGCGCUGGCGGGCGCUCGGAGUGAACGCAGAAUUUGGAUCGUCCUGUGAUGAGUUGGCCAAGGCCUUUGUCGACAUGGGUGGCAAGAUUUCAUUUACCUGUGCCCCUUAUCUCUUAGACAAAGCACCUAAACUAGGUGAUCCAGUUGCCUGGGGAGAGUCCAAUGCUGUUAUCUAUGCAAACAGUGUGCUUGGUGCGAGAACACUUAAAAACCCUAAUAUGCUUGAGGCUCUGAUUGCCUUGACUGGCCGCGCACCGAAAGCUGGAGCCUAUUUGGACGAGAAUCGCUUUGCGUCUAUCUGGCUCAAAGUAACACCACCAGAAACAACGGACGAUUCAUUCUGGCCUAUUUUAGGCUACGCUCUUGGCGCCAUUGCAUCGGCUCGCAUCCCGGUCAUUACGGGACUGGAACAUUUGAAGCCCAACAGUGACAACUUCAAGGCCUUUUCAGCGGCAUUUGCAACAUCCUCUAGCGCUCCCAUGUUUCACAUGGUUAACUUGACUCCAGAGGCUCCUACGCUCGAGGCUGUGUGCUGUAACGGUAUAGCCCCCAAAACUAUCGACGUCGAUUGGAAAGAUCUAGACGCGAUCUGGGAUGAGUUCAAUCAUGGCUCUGAGCCGCGAGACAUUGACCUUAUCGCAUUUGGCAACCCACACUUCUCCUUACGGGAGAUCAAAGAGGUAGCGAAGCUCUGCCAUGGAAGAAGCAAGAAAGAGGAUGUUGCCGUGAUAGUCACCUGUGGCCGUGCCCAGUAUAGUCUUGCCGUACAGGCCGGCUAUGUUGGAGAGCUUGAGAGGUUUGGGAUCCAGUUCUUACAAGACACUUGCUGGUGCUCUAUCGAGGAACCGGUUAUUCCCAAGAACACCCGGACAAUCAUGACUAAUUCUGGCAAGUACAUUCACUAUGGGCCUGGACUAACGGGCAAGCAGUUUGCCUUUGGCAAUCUGAAGAUGUGCAUUAAUGCCGCGUGUACUGGGAAGACUAGUGGCGACCCGCCUUCGUGGUUGGUGGAAUCUAGGUCAAAAUAG